AUGGCGCCCAACAUCAUCGUCUCGCGACCCACAUUCCCGACCUACAUCCUCCCGAGCUUCAACAUCCCCUUCCGCCGCUCAACCGCGACCUCGCUACCCCCGUCCGCCCCCGCCUCGGACUCCGCCCCGACCCCGGCCGCGAGCCAGGUUCCCUCCUUGAGCUCCUCGCCGACCUCGUCCACGACUGAUGAGACCGCGACUCCACCAAACAGCCCCCCGCCGCCAUCGUACCACGAUGCCAUAACAACGACCGCAACCGACAUCCGUCUUGCAACAACGAAAUCCGCAACAGUCGGCGGCGACGGCGGUCUCUACCUUGCACGCACCCAGCCAGACACCCUCCGCUGCUCGACCUGCUCCUGCGACGUCGCCUUCUCUUCCCAGAUCGUCAGCAAGGGCUUCACAGGCCGCUACGGCCGCGCCUACCUCGUCGCGCCCACGCCACCCCCGCCGGCCCCGAUCUCGGGCGGCGCCCCCACCCCGAAGGCGGGCGGCAACACCGGCGCCGCCGGCCCCGGGUCCCUCGCCAACGUCCGCAUCGGCCGCUGCGAGAACCGCCAGCUCGUCACGGGCUGGCACGUCGUCGCCGACAUCACCUGCGUCCUCUGCAGCGCCAAACUCGGCUGGAAGUACGUCGACGCCAAGGAGCUCAGCCAGAAGUACAAGGUCGGCAAGUUCAUCCUCGAGGUCGAGCGCGUCGUGCCCUUCCGCAGCUGGGAGGACGUCCCCUCGCCGGGCGGCCGCGGUUGUGUUCCGGGGGACGAUGGGAAGGAGGAGGGGGAGUCCGAGGGGGAGAUCGACGGGGUGAGAGAUGACGAGGACGACGAGGGCGCCGAAGACGGUGAAAGACGAGAGGGCGGUGAUGCCGACGCCGCGAGUGGUGCUGCCAAGAGCGGCGAGUCGGGGAGCGAGGAUAUCGAGAUUGUGUUUGAUUCUGAGGACGAGGAUGAGCUCGAGGACUUAUUCGCCGGGACCUGGGACCCAGAGGUUGUGGCCAAGAGACGAGGCCGCCGGGAAACGGCGACGCGGAAGAAGUAG